AUGGGCAAGAAACGAGUACUCGUAGGCUAUGGUGUCGAUAUCGAUGCAGUUGCUGGCUGGCUUGGCAGCUAUGGUGGUGAAGAUUCGACCAGUGACAUCAGCAGAGGUAUCUGGGCUGGCACUCAUGGUACAAGGAGACUACUCAAGCUAUUCGACAAGUACAAGAUCAAAGCGAGCUGGUUCAUUCCUGGUCACACACUCGAGUCCUUCCCAGAAGAUUGCGCAGCGGUACGAGAUGCCGGUCACGAGAUCGGAUUGCAUGGCUACAGCCAUGAGAAUCCUGCAGACAUGACCUUCGAGCAACAGAAAGAUGUCCUUGACAAGACAUUCAAGAUGUUGACAGAGUUCUGCGGUAAACCACCACGCGGAAGUGUUGCUCCAUGGUGGGAGACUAGUAAAGAAGGGACAGAGCUUCUUCUGUCUUAUGGUAUAGAGUAUGAUCACUCUAUGAGCCACGAAGAUUGUCAGAUGUAUUGGCUCAGGACCGGUGACACCUGGACCAAGAUCGAUUACACCAAGAAGGCCGAAGAAUGGAUGAAACCCUUGGUCAAGGGUGAAGAAACAGGUCUAGUGGAGAUUCCUGGGAGUUGGUACAUCGACGACUUGCCGCCUAUGAUGUUUAUCAAGAACAGUGCCAACAGUCAUGGUUGGGUAAACCCUCGCGAUGUUGAAGACAUAUGGAAAGAUCACUUCACAUAUUACUACCGCGAGUUUGACGAAUUUAUCUUUCCCAUGACUAUACAUCCUGACGUAAGCGGAAGACCACAUGUCCUUCUCAUGCAUGAACGCAUUAUUGAGUUCGUCAAUUCACAUGAAGGUGUGGAAUGGAUGACCUUCGAGCAAAUGUCGGACGAUUUCAAGAGCAAAAAUAAACCACCAGUCGGGGGCCUGAUGCCUGCCAGUCGUGAUGAGGCUUUGCAGAAAGCAAAGAGCUGA